AUGCUCCUCCUGUGGGUCCCGGUGAGCUUGGUCCUCGGCUUCAUCAUCUCCCAGUCGUGGAGCGUGCAGAUGUCCUGGGAGAACUGGGAGUCCGAGCUGCGCAACCGGGCCAACGAGUUCGAGAAGCCGAGCUCGCAGCCGCACAUCGUGUUCAUCCUGGUGGACGACCAGGGCUUCCGGGACGUCGGGUACCACGGCUCCGAGAUCAAGACCCCGACCCUGGACCGCCUGGCAGCCGAGGGAGUCAAGCUGGAGAACUACUACGUGCAGCCGCUGUGCAGCCCCUCCAGGAGCCAACUCAUGACCGGCAGGUAUCAAAUCCACACAGGCCUUCAACACUCGAUCAUCCGAGCUACCCAGCCCAACUGCCUGCCCCUGGAAAAUGUCACCCUGCCCCAGAAGCUCAAGGAAGCAGGAUACUCCACUCACAUGGUGGGCAAGUGGCACCUGGGCUUCUACAAGCGCGGCUGCAUGCCCACCCAGCGAGGCUUUGACUCUUUCUUUGGCUCCCUGCUAGGCAGCGGGGACUACUACAGUCACUAUAAAUGUGAAGGGCCUGGUAUGUGUGGUUACGACUUGUACGAAGGGGAGGAGGCAGCUUGGGAGCAGGACCGUGGCAUGUACUCUACUGUGAUGUUUACUCGAAAGGCUAUCAGUAUCCUCGCCAAUCAUAAUCCUCGCAGUCAACCGUUGUUUCUCUACUUAGCCUUCCAAGCUGUUCACUCCCCACUGCAGGUUCCUGCCCGCUACCUCGAGCGCUACAAGGGCAUUCCAAACCUGCAUCGUCGUAAAUAUGCUGCCAUGGUGUCUUGCCUGGACGAAGCCAUCCAUAACCUCACAUUAGCAUUAAAACGCUACGGUUAUUAUGACAAUACAGUUAUAGUGUACUCCUCAGAUAAUGGAGGCCAGCCAUUAGCUGGUGGAAGCAACUGGCCCCUGAGAGGGAGUAAGGCCACGUACUGGGAGGGGGGCAUCCGGGCAGUGGGCUUUGUUCACAGUCCCCUGUUGGUGAACAAAGGGACAAAAUGUCGGUCUUUGGUCCACAUCACUGACUGGUUCCCCACACUGGUGACCUUGGGUGAAGGGACGAUAGAUGAAGAUCUCAAUCUGGAUGGGUACGAUGUCUGGGAGGCAAUAAGUGAAGGCCGGCCGUCGCCUCGACAGGACAUUCUUCAUAACAUCGACCCAAUCUACAUUAAAGCCAAGAACGGCUCAUGGAAGGCUGGGUAUGGCUUAUGGAACACCGCUGUCCAGGCUGCGCUCCGGGUGGGCCACUGGAAGCUCCUCACGGGUGUCCCGGGUUACAGUGACUGGGUACCCCCACAAACAUUCUCCAACCAGCGGCUAACAAAUCGCUGGCAUAAUGAGCGCGUCCGUUGGGACCGAGGCAAAUCCAUCUGGCUUUUCAACAUCACAGCCGACCCUUACGAGAGAGUGGACUUGUCUCAGCGGUACCCACACAUAGUGAAAAAGAUGCUAAUGCGAUUAGCACAUUACAACAAGACGGCAGUAGCAGUGCGCUACCCGUCCAAAGACCUGCGUUCUAACCCCCAGUACAAUGGGGGCGUAUGGGGCCCCUGGUACAAAGAAGAGAGGGACAAGCAGGAGGAGGAUGAGAGGAACAAUCAUUUGUUUAACAACCAUCUUGGAAAAAGAAGGUGGAAAAAGAAGUCAAACAGAAAGCUGAAAAGGAAGGUAGAAGAAUAGCUUGGCCCAUUUGUGAAAGACUUCAGUUGCCUUUUCUCAGGGAUAGACACUUCCUGAUUCAGGAUUGUCUUCUUCA